AUGUCAACCGUUACCGUAACCUAUGGAUUUCAUAACUUCAAAUGCAAUAUUAAACCAAGUUCUGUGCUGAAUGAUGUGUUAAGCACGUGUCUGAUUCACUUUAAGCUUAGCACUGAUAAGGAGGCAUGGUCAUUGGUGCACGCCGAUCAUGAACUUCCUCUAACUUUGCCAUUGCGGCUGCUGAACCUUCCAGCAGGUGCUAAACUUCUACUCAAAGGAACAAAGAAGACUACAGAAGAUACUAAGCCAAUUAGGAUUAAAUUUCAAAUUGUAGGUUUUGGAAGCGAGAUUAUCGAAGCAAACCGGACAGAUAAUGUACUAGAGACAGUAAAACAACUGUGUGAAAGGAAAGGAUGGAAAUUGCCAGUAGAAGGAGCGAGACUUCAAAUUUUUGCUAAAGUGCUAAAUUAUGAAGAUAUGGCGGCUGCUACAUUUGCGGGCCUUGGGAUCCACAACGAUGUUUCUGUGCGAUUGACAAUAUCCUCAGAAAUCCAUAAGCCACCUGUCAUAUCAUCUAAAGAAAAAUUGACUUCUUCAGCUUCCAGAAGUUUGUCUGCAACUGAAUCUGAGCUUGACUCUCAUGUAAAAAGUACACCCGAAAAUACUCCAAAGAUCCAUGAAGUGGCAACAUAUUUGCCAACGACGAACUCACCAAUUCCAAUUGUGAAAGAUAAUGAAUCUGAUUAUGAAGUUACGGUUAAUCAUGUUCGAAAAUAUCAAGAAAUGCUAUCUCGAAAAGCUGGCAGUGGUUCAAUGCUAACCAAGAGGCUACGGGAACAGCAACAACCGAAACUUAAGCACCACGUCGAGGUUUGUAACAUUAGGGUUAAGUUUCCAGAUCGCACUCAUAUCGAGGUUUCAUUCAAGCCUGAUGAAACAAUUGAUGCUGUUUAUGAGGUCGUGAGGAAUUCCCUUCUUCAACCCCAAAUGGACUUUUGGUUGAGUUAUUCUCACCCACAUCAAAGAAUCGAAAAUUCAGCACAAAGGCUUGAAGAAGACUUGCAUUUCAGUACCAAAACCAUGCUAUUACUCGAGACGCAUGAAAGCGGCCCGUAUUUGAAUCCAUCUCUAAUGCAAUUUGCCAAGGAUAUGUCAGAAGCAGCAGAUGUCAAGUUAGAUAGAGGUGUCGAUCAGCUGGAAUUUGACGAAGAUAAAAAAUCAGAAACGUCAAAAGAGGCUUCUAGACCGACAAAGGGCGCAUUUGCUUCCAAGACUCCUAAAUGGCUAAAACUCAGCAAAAAGUGA